AUGUCUUCCAGUCCGUCCUCGUCCACCGACCCCUGGUUUGAGUUAGCCAACGGUCCUCACACCGGCAAGACCUAUUGGCAAGGCAAAUCCUUCCUCAUCCGCAAGCACUGUCCCCCAGAACCAUUCCAGGUUAAUGGCCACUAUCGGGACAACCCGCGGCCCAUUGCCGACUGGGACCUAUGGGGAGCUCGCAAGCAGUAUGGAAUCGACCGUCUCGAGUUUGCCCUCGCUUACCCGCCUAUGGAUGAUGAGAGUCAUCAGCAUCCGAGUACCGGUAAUGACACGGUUCUCGAACGUUCACUAACCAUCACGGGUUCUAAAACACGCCGCAACAAUGAUAAUGGGUCUGAAAGGCGUGGGGCGCACGUGCUGACAUGCUUUCUCGACGGGGACGCUACAGUGGAAUACAUCGCGAAAAUCUACGAUGGCGUUGACUACCCCGGCAGCUACCAGGAGCCCGAUUGCAUGACCUUGGCCGACAUGGAUUACAGCAUCGAGGCCUGCGCAUACCGGAAUCUACAGUCAAUCCCCGGAGUCGGAGGAGUCCUUGUACCAGCUUAUUUUGGCUCCUGGACCUUUGCACUCGAUAACCCAAAUGCCGAUGCGGACCCGAAUGGCCCUGCGGCGGUAGCCCGUCAACGUUGGGUACGCAUGAUUCUGAUCGAGCUGGUCCCGGGCGAGUGUCUCCUAGACAUGAUAGAGCGCGCCAGAGUACCCGUACCCUCCCUAGAGCCGACUCUACGUCCGAUCACCACUACAAACUAUUCUGUCUUACCCCCCGAAGCCUUCCGUAUCCGCGUCAUCCGCAACAUCAUCGAAGCCGAUAUCAUCAUCUGGUGGGAAGCCCUCCUCACAAACCACGAUUUCCACCCGCGUAACAUCAUGGUCAAACCCGACGGCAAGGUCGUCAUCAUCGACUUCAACCACGCCCAGCUGUUUGAGUUCACCACCUAUGGUGAUGUUCACCCCCGGCAACGGGAGCCGGGCCACCCAGAUGCCCUAACCCAGCCAGAGUCCCCGAUAGAGAGGUAUUGGGCCGUCCCGUUUGGCUCCGUGGCCGCCGGGUGGGUUGGUGACCUAUGGAAACACUGGAUGCCGGAGUCCUGGGUCAAGGAUCCGGAUCAGGCAACUGAAUGGUUGGUGGCUACCUUCCGGGACGAUACCAGGUUCGCGCCGCUGAGUCACGACUUUUUGAAUUGUUAUUUCCGGACCAAGUGUAGUCCGAGAGCACAAAAGUUACUAGAGGAUUUAGGGCGGGAGCCAGCGGGCAAAGGGGCAGAAAAGAAGGGAAAAGAAAUCGACAUUUAG